CCGCCUCGCCAUGAUCCUGCGCCCCGGCAGCUAAUCCCCGAGGCGCAGAAGUCUUCUCCACGGAGCAACUCGCAUGCAUCCAGGCAGGCUCAUGGAGAGGGCCGGCGUUCGGCAUGUCUACGCAGCCACGGGACACCUUCAGCAGUUAGAGGCCGACUCGGCUACCAAGAACCAGUUCAGCCGCCAGGAGCUGAUGGUCAAGUUGACAGAAGGACAGUAUGUCUUGUGCCGUUGGACUGAUGGGCUCUAUUACCUGGGGAAGGUCAAAAGGGUGAGCUGUUCUAAGCAGAGUUGCCUCGUGACCUUUGAAGACAACUCCAAGUACUGGGUGCUUUGGAAAGACAUCCAACAUGCUGGGGUGCCGGGAGAAGAGCCGAAGUGCAACAUUUGCCUGGGGAAGUCCACGGGGCCCCUGAAUGAGAUCUUGAUCUGCGGAAAGUGCGGCUUAGGCUAUCACCAGCAAUGCCACAUCCCAGUGGUGAACAGUCACGAAGGUUCCUUGGUGAGCCCUUGGUUCUGCCGGAGAUGUAUCUUCGCCUUGGCAGUGCGGAAGGGCGGAGCGCUGCGGAAAGGCGCCAUCGCGAGGACGUUGCAGAUGGUCAAGAUGGUGCUGUCCUACAACCCGGAGCAGCUGGAAUGGGAUUCUCCCCACAGAACCAACCAGCAGCAGUGCUACUGUUACUGCGGGGGCCCCGGCGAGUGGUAUCUGAAGAUGCUGCAGUGCUAUCACUGUCGGCAGUGGUUCCACGAAGCCUGCACACAGUGCCUUAGCGAUCCGAUGCUGUUUGGAGACCGGUUUUAUGUUUUCUACUGCUCAGUCUGCAACCAGGGUCCAGAGUACAUCAAACGGUUGCCGUUAAGAUGGGUGGAUGUUGUACAUCUUGUGCUCUACAACCUUGGUGUGCAAAGUAAGAAGAAAUACUUUGACUUCGAGGAGAUCGUAACCUUUGUCAAUCAUCACUGGGACCUUUUGCACCUUGGGAAGCUGACAAGCACGCCAGCAGCGGAGCGAGGCCCCCACCUCCUGGAUGCACUAAAUAGCUACAAAAGCAGAUUUCUAUGUGGAAAGGAAAUCAAGAAGAAGAAGUGCAUCUUCCGCUUGAGGAUUCGGGUCCCACCCAACCCGCCGAGCAAACUCCUCCCCGAGAAGAUCCCAGUUCUGGUUGAAGGGAGAGCGCCUGAACUGAACCAAAGGGGGAGACAGAAGAACUCUCGUAAAAGCAGUUCGCUGCCGCACGAGCUCCAGCAGGAACGCAGGAGGAAAAGGUCGAAGUUUCUCCUGGAAGAUGCGAUUCCCAGUAGCGAUUUCGCCUCGGCAUGGAGCACAAAUCACCACCUGGCCAGCAUCUUCGACUUCACCUUGGAUGAAAUUCAGAGUCUGAAAAGUGCAAGUUCAAGCCACACUUUCCUUUCUGAUGUGGAUUCCACAGAUGCCGCGAGCACUUCGGGUUCAGCCACAACCAGCCUGUCCUACGAAUCCAGCAAAAGGAACGUGGGCAGCCGGAAGCGCAAACUGUCGGCCAAAACGUACUCUGCCGGUGAGGCGAAGCAGAGGUGCGCGGAGCACCCGCAGAGGAUCGUGCCCACCUGCUCCUCGGAAGACAGCGAGGUGCCCUGUGUGCUGGACCGUCCGGACGACGCCAUGAACUGCCACCCCUUCGAGAGCAUGAGUGAAGACGACGCAUCCCUCUCGCACCUCAAGUCCUCCAUCAGCAACUACUUCGGCACUGCUGGCAGGCUGGUGUGUGGAGAGAAGUACCAGGUGCUGGCCCGGAGGGUGACCCCGGAGGGCAGGGUUGAGUACCUGGUGGAAUGGGAGGGCACCACUCCCUACUGAAACCGCCCGUGUGUCCGGGACCUCGGGCCCCGCGGAAGGCAACCCAGAAAGACUCCGGAGGACCGGGAUCAUUCGGAGCGGCUGGUCUGGGCCAUGGCUGUCUGGGAGGCAGUCUAAGUCACGCUUAUGGCAGGCAGCAGGACUGACCUCGGGCAUGUGGGGCCGAGCCCUCUCCGCGGGGCACGGCUGAGCUGCCGCAGAGGGGCUCCCUGGGAAGGGCAGUUUGCGUGCCACCAGCUGCCGCCCAAAGGGAACGCUGUCGCUUUUAACGCUGCUUUUUGCGACGGGGUUGAGGACGGGGGGAUUCCUGGGUUUCCUGAGCACAGGAAGUGCGACUUCGUGUGGGAAGCAAAGACUUGAUGAGCCCUUUCUCAGAGGGAUCUCUGUCUGGAUGGUGACAGAGAGGGAAAUUCGGGGCGUUGUUGGGGUGGGAAGGGUGUGAGGACGAGCAAAGCAAAACCUGCAGAGGAUGGAGCAGGAAGGAGGCUGGAAGCAGGCCACCUGUCCGUGUGAGCUGAGGUUCAGCUUCAUCUGGACAGCCCUGGGUAAGCUGCCAUGUUCCCAGUUUCUUCCUGCUUUGCAUUGUGGGAUCAAAAAAAUACUAGCCUAACUUAACUGGGUGGUUACCAAAGCAACUGGAGCAAGAGCUACGUACGUGUAACGAGAAAUGGUGUUCGGAGAGACCACCUCGUGCUGGUCCGAACUUCCGAGGAAUCUCGAUUAAAAACGCUGCUACUAUGCAAACCAAA